AUGGCCGCAUUCGUGCGAGUGUCGGGCCCUCCCAAUAGUAAUUUCCUUGUUGGAUAUCCUGGAAUAUCGGCAACAUUGCCACGUAUUGAAGGAAAGGUCGAGGUGCGGCCUAGCGUUGGAGUCUCAGCUGCGGUCAACAUCUCGAUGGUCACAAUAUGUCUCCAACGAAGGGAGACGAUACAUCCCGCUGCCGAUUCAAUGACAAAAAGACACUUGGCUGCCCCGCGAAAGGAUGUGACGGAUAUAGUUGGCAAGGAAAUGCUCCUUUUUCGGUGCCCCAUGGGGCGAGAGUACGAAGAAAUAAUAGCCAUGGACCUCCCCUUUGUCCUCUUCAUACCUUUCGGUAGAGGAGGACAGGAAACCUCGAGGCGACUUCCACCCGCCAGUUUACAGCUAGGCAGCCGAACGGCAGAGACAUACUACGAGUUGGUGGUGAUGGUACAGCAGGGCCAGGCGGAACAGAGGAAAUACUCCUUUCCCGUACCGAUGUCGAGAUAUGACACCUUAUCGACAUUUGGCAUGUAUAAUCGACCAGAAGCGGCGGAACGUGUGUCAGACCAUCUUAUUACUCUCGGUAUAUCUUUACCUCGGUGGUCAUACGGCCCCUUCGACCCCGUUAGCGUAUAUGUGAAGCUCUCACCCAACCCAGAUUGGAUGAGCAAGGCUCGAAAAGUAACGAUACAGAAAAUCACCCUUUCAAUUGACGAGGAAAUAGUGUACAAUCACGAAGGAGACGAGCCGUACCGCAAAGGGAAAACGCUCGCCAAGCGAUCUGAAUCAGUGAACUUGAAAAUGCCUGAAGCUGGAUAUCUCACCAACCUUGGUCUUGUGUUUCCCGCGAGGGACCUACGUGAUUCAGACGGUGUACUGCCUCGAGGCAAACCAGCAUUUCCAUCUUACGCUGUCAGUGCAUUUACAACUACUGCCUCUCUAUAUAAAAUAGAGUAUUAUUUGACAGUCAAAGCUCAUCUCACAUCGGCAAAGGACAUUGUCCUAAGACAACCUAUUGUCGUCUGUCCUCUGGACCACGCUGGCUGUAAAGAGGAAAUGGAAGCCAUAGAGCAAGCUGCACGAGAAGCGAGAAACAUCAACCCCGACAACCCCAUGUUGCCAUUACCCACCAUUAUCCGCGCUCACGACCCCAAUGCCCUUCAGUAUCUCAACGUCGCAGUCGUUGGCAACACCAAGAAGCCUAUAAUAGAAUAA